CAAGUACUUCCGCUCUUACGCGUCGCGGGCAGCGGGUCUCAAAUCACGUGACCUACGCUAGCCAAACAUCGGAGUCGGUCAACGGCGACGUCACGCAGGGGAUGCGGACGACUUGUAUUUGUGUUCAAACCAAGUCCAAGUUGUUGUUCCGCGCGCAGUGACCACAAUGACGCGUGAGAGUUCUCCUCUACUGAAAGCUCAGUCCUCUGCGAAGCACGCCCACGAUCCAGAGGCUCAGCAAGGACGCAUCUCCAGACACACAGCGGUCAACUAUGCGGAUGACCCUAAUGAAAUGAUGCUGGUCAGGACGAUCACGUGGGCCACACGCGUCAGACAGUUCAGAGAGCUCCUUCAUUUACGGGAGCACAUGGCCGACCCUGAUUCCGACACUAUGGCUCCGCUCAUAUGUUCAGUACUGCGUUUCUUCACGUUAACCUUAGGACUCGGAAUUUCAUCUUCAAUGGUGAUCGCAGGUCUUCUCUACAUUGAUGAGUGUCCGGUCGAGAAGUACAUUCCCAUCUACAUGAUCGUAGCGGGAACCUCUGUUCUACUCAUGUUUCUCCUGCCGAUGUUUUGUGUCAAAAGUGACGACAGCAUUGCGUCAAGAUGGGUAUUGCGGGCCAUCGUCAUACUCUCCGCGUUCAUGACGGGAUGGACCAUCGCUGGUGCCUUCUGGGUGAAUACCACGCAACACAUUGACACGAAGGACCCUGUCUCUCCACUGUACUGCAAUCAGACCCUUUUCUACGUUGCUAAAGCUGUGACUGGCGUCUGGCUAUACUUUGGAUGGCUUUUGUUCCUUAUACUAAUCUGCAUUUAACUCAGUGAUCAAUUUUGUUACUUCCUGGGCACAUAAUCUGCCCUGUUCCACGGUAACUUAUUGGCUGCGUCACCAGCGUAACAGGCAUCCUGUGGAAACACCAAUCGAAAGCAGUACUGUUGCUGCAAGGGGUAAAGACGACGUAGUGGGGCAAAUGCAAAGGCAGGAUUCAAGUACGGGAUUCAAGUGUCCGUUGUGCUUCAAUAGGUGGCGUGUCGAGACCGAGCUCCGGAUAUGGUGUCUUCUGCUUUCGUAUGGCUUCUGCUUCUGGUUUAUACUCGCGCGCCCUCUGUGAGGGAGGCGCAGUUAUCGAGGUUUGCUAUAGAUCCGAACAGCUCGUUCAGUCCCCCUUGAUGCAUCAAUCACGAUAAGAAAAGUUAUAGGGAUAAGGGAUAUAGGGAUAACCGCGAUCAUCAUCAUCAUCAUCAUCACCAUCAGUUCUCAUGCUUCCAUUUACCAGCGCGUUUGUGUUGCUAUCUGUGUGAUACGGUUAUUUACUGAUAAUCAUUCAUGUUCAUUCUCAAGCAUUUUUUUCUUUUGUCACGGUCAUUGUCCCUUCGAUGUUCGCUGCAAAAUAAACAUCUACACUACUA